AUGACCGGUCACCAAGUCGUGAUGGCCGACUGGUUCAAGGAGCAACUCGCGUUCCCGUGGUGCUAUAUAGGCCCCUCGGACGCUCGCUUGGACGACUUGCAAUCGACUGUCGCCGCCAAAGACUACUCCAACCUUAAGGUCGGCAUCGCGACCCCGUUUCUCUACCACGACCCAAUUGCGACUAAAGUGCCGUGCUUUGACAUUGCCAACAAACUCCAAACUUUCGUGAACGGCGGGGUGGCUCGAAAUGAUCCAGCACAGGAAGGCGCAGUCCGUUCAUGUCGAAGCCGACGAGUGGACGACGGCGAGCGUCGUGAUAUUUGUCGGGCAGUGGCAAAACUACAAGCGUCUCGGGCUUAUCACACGUACAUCAUUGAGAACGCGUUCGGGAUUCAGUACCCCAUGACCCUAAGUCGCAAGAACGGCAAUCUGUGGGCAAUCGCACACAAUGCAACCUGCAUCGCGGGCAAGACGAGCGCCAUCUUUGCGUUUGGGAACGGGUCGACGUCAAUGUUGAGUCUGCUCUUUCAAAAUGGCACGAUCGAGUCGCCGCUCUACAACACGUAUGAGGCGGUCCUGCGGGAGAUUGGGCCAUUUGGGUCGAUUGACAUGAAGAUUGUGCCGUGUCCAGCCGUGGUGCAGGCCGUCGUGGCCGCAGGUCUUAGACGGACGGCCCUGACUGCGGCGUCGCUGUCGACGGUCUUGGCUGACUGCGCCAACUUAGCUGCGUCUGAGUUUCAAUCCCGCUCAACGUCGUAUGGAGGCAGAGUCUUGUGCACCGAAGUUGUGGCUGGCGCCACCUGGCGAUCUUGA